AUGAAAAGGAAGAAGCUGCAGCAAGAUCUUUGGUUAGCAGCCCAAGCUCACGAGUCUUUAAUGAGGCAGAAGGCGAGAUCGCGUUGGAUUAAGGAGGGGGACUGCAAUUCUCAAUAUUUUCACCUGGUGAUUAACUCCCAUCAAAGGUCUAAUGCUCUAAAUGGUGUUAAUAUUAAUGGAUCCUGGGUUGAUAAUCCAUCUAGAGUAAAAGAGGAAGUUUGUAGCUUUUUCCAGCAGAGAUUUCAAGAAACUAUGAGCAACAGAUCAAUUUUAAAUGGCACCUCUUUUCAAGAAACUAUGUUCUUUGGGGAGGCUACUAUGAAAAAUGUCAAGACUAUCAAAUCGAUUUUGAGGGCUUUUGAAUUGUCAUCAGGACUUAAAAUAAAUUCUGGGAAGAGCAGCUUUGGGGUGUUGGGCCAAUCUGAACAAUGGAAAUUGCAGGCUGCCAGUUAUCUGAAUUGCAGAAUCAUGCCUCUUCCUUUCUCUUAUUUGGGAAUACCAAUCGGGGCUAAUCCAAGGCGUUAUGGGUUAUGGGAUCCAAUCCUAAGAAAGACUGAAUCUAAAUUGUAUAGGUGGAAGCAGAGACAUCUAUCUUAUGGGGGAAGAGUGACCCUCAUAAAAGCAACUCUAACCUCUAUUCCUAUUUUCUAUCUCUCUUUUUUCAUAAUUCCUAACAGGGUAGCGGAAAAACUAACCCAAAUCCAGAGGAGGUUCCUAUGGGGUGGUGGCCUUGAUCAGAAGAAAAUUGCAUGGGUUAAAUGGGAUACUAUCUGCCUUCCAAAGGAUAAGGGUGGCCUGGGGAUAAAGGAUAUCAGAACUUUUAAUAGAGCUCUGUUGGGUAAAUGGAGAUGGAACCUGAUGCAGCAGCAUGAUGAUCUUUGGGUUAAGAUUCUCAUCUCGAAGUAUGGAGGUUGGAGGGCUCUAGAGGAGGGAACAUCAGUCACCAAUGAAUCCAUAUGGUGGCAGGAUUUAAGGUCAGUAAUCCAUGAACAAGCUGUGCAUGGUCUGUUUCAAUCUGCAAUAGAUUGGAAAGUGGGGUGUGGGGACCAAAUCAGGUUUUGGGAGGACUGCUGGCUCAUGGAACAGGAACCUUUAAGGGUGAAAUAUCCCAGAUUGUAUAACAUAUCCUGUCAACAGCAGAAGCUUAUUUAG